GAAAGUCCAGAACGAAAAAAAAAAAAAUGGAAGCACACGCUUCUGAGCGGUUACCGCAGUCCCUGAUUCACCUUGAAGUUACCCGCGACUGCGCGUACUCGUCACUUUUAAAAUGCCGGCUAAAGAAGGUGUGAGUGUCAACCAACAACACUGCAAAAAAUUAUAAAUUAAAAAAAAAAGGCGAGAAUGCGGGAGCCGGAGUUGGACGACGACUCGAGCGAGCUGCCGGACUGGAAACUGCCGCUGGCCUUCAACGAUGCCAGGCACGCCGAAUCGCAGUCCGGCGCCGCACACACCGUCAGCACGCAAACGUGGAGGAUGAAAGAACGGAUGAAGACUGUGAGCGUAGCCCUGGUGAUGUGCCUCAACAUAGGAGUGGAUCCACCCGACGUGGUCAAGACGCAGCCGUGCGCCAGGCUCCAGUGCUGGCUCGACCCUUUACAGUCGCCGCCGCAGAAGGCCCUGGAGGCGAUUGGGGCGGCCCUGCAGAAGCAGUACGAGCGGUGGCAGUCCCGGGCACGCUACAAGCUCAGCCUGGACCCCACCGUGGAGGAGGUGAAGAAGCUCUGCUCCUCCCUCCGGAGAAACUCCAAGGAAGACAGAGUGCUGUUUCACUACAACGGGCACGGGGUUCCCAAGCCUACGGUCAACGGCGAAAUCUGGGUGUUUAAUCGGAGCUACACCCAGUACAUCCCGCUGUCCAUGUACGACCUGCAGCAGUGGAUGGGGGCACCUUCCAUCUAUGUGUACGACUGCUCCUCGGCGGGGCUCAUCCUCGAUUCCUUCAACAAGUUUGCCGUCCAGCACGAGCGGGAGUUCGAGAUCUCCCUCGGGGUCAAGGGACAGGCCCCGCCUUCCUACAGGGGCUGCAUACAGCUGGCCGCCUGCAGGCCACACCAGGUGCUGCCCAUGAGCCCCGAGCUACCCGCAGACCUGUUCACGUCGUGCCUGACCACGCCAGUCCAGAUGGCCCUGCGCUGGUUCGUGCUGCAGGGGGGCUCUCGCCUGGUGCCCAACGUCACCCUGGAGCUGCUUGAGCGGGUGCCCGGCCAGCUCCACGACCGGCGCACCAUGCUCGGGGAGCUCAACUGGAUCUUCACCGCCAUCACGGACACCAUCGCCUGGAAUGUGCUGCCCAAGGCCCUCUUCCAGAAGCUCUUUCGACAGGACCUGUUGGUGGCCAGCCUGUUCCGCAACUUCCUGCUGGCGGAGCGGAUUAUGCGCGCCUACAACUGCCAGCCCAUGUCCCAGCCCGCCCUGCCGGCCACCUUCCAGCACCCCAUGUGGCAGGCCUGGGACCUUGCCCUGGACCUCUGCCUGGCACAGCUCCACCGGGUCCAGGCGGGACAGCCCUUCCAGCACUCGCCCUUCUUUGCCCAGCAGCUCACUGCCUUCCAGGUUUGGCUGACCUUCGGCUGCGAGCGGUGCUCCCCUCCAGAGCAGCUGCCCAUUGUGCUCCAGGUGCUCCUGAGCCAGAUCCACAGGCUCAGGGCCUUGGACUUGCUCGGGAGGUUCCUGGACCUGGGACCCUGGGCCGUCAACUUGGCCCUGUCGGUGGGCAUCUUCCCGUACAUCCUGAAGCUGCUGCAGAGCUCUGCCCGGGAACUGCGGCCCCUCCUCGUCUUCAUCUGGGCCAAGAUCCUGGCCGUGGACCAGUCCUGCCAGGUGGACCUGGUGAGGGACAACGGGCACCGUUACUUCCUGAGCGUCCUCUCCGACACCCUGUACAUGCCCGCGGAGCACCGCACCAUGGCCGUCUUUGUCCUGUCCUGCAUCGUCUGCAACUACCCCAGCGGACAGGAGGCCGCACUCAAGGGCAACGUGAUAGCGCUGUGCACGGAGCAGCUGACGGACCCGAACGGGCACCUGCGCCAGUGGCUGGCCCUCUGCCUGGGACGCACCUGGAACGGAUACACGGCCGCCCGCUGGUGCGGCAUACGGGACAGCGCCCACGACAAGCUGGCCACCCUGCUCAGCGACCCCGUGCCCGAGGUGCGAGCAGCGGCGGUGUACGCCCUGGGCACGAUCCUGAACUGCCCGGCCAAGCGGACAGACCACGCGGACACGGUGGACCAGGGCAUCGGCAUGAGCCUCAUCUCGUCGGUAGCCCACGACGCCAGCCCGCUGGUGCGCAAGGAGCUGGUGGUGGCCCUGCAGUGGCUGCUGGCAGUCUUCGAGACGCAGUUCGUGGCCGUGGCCUUCCAGUUCCUCGAGGAGGAGACCAAGGAGCAGUCGACCUUCCUCAGCCCGGAUUGCACGCCAGCGGCGAUGAAGAAGGUGGCCUCGAGGGACCGCAUCAAGCUCCUGCCCAUCCCCAGCAACAUCCUGUCCGCGGCGGUGGUGGACGGCCUCCCAGAGGCAGCCCUGGCGGCGCCCGCACAGCCUCCGCCGGCGGACCGGAUGCGGCGGGUUUCGUCGAGCACGUCCAUCUCGAGCCUGGGGACCCCGUCGGGGGCCCUGGGGGGCGGCGGGGUUCACAGCCAGGUGUGGAAGGCCCUGCAAGCCCUGGGGCACGACCCCCACCCCGAGGUGGCCCACCUGGCGGGGGUGCUGCUGGGAGCCUACAAGGACAAGGCCCAGUCGAGCUUCGAGUGGCGCAACCGCCGCCGCAACUCGGUCUCUCACUCGGAGCCCUCCUCGCCCUCGGGGAAGGCCGGCUACCUGGCGGGCGACUCGCCGCCCGCGCUGCAUGGCCAGCGGCCGCAGCCGACUCGGGGCCAUCCGUUCCAGCAGACGGCCCACUUCAGCCGCUCGCGCAAGAUCUUCGACCGGGGUCCCCAAGUGCCCGCCCCAGUGGCCGAGGACGACACGGAGGAGCAGGCGCAGCCACAGACGACGGUGCCCCUCGUGAGCACGGGAUUCGUCGAGUGGUCGUCGCGCUACUUCACCCGCCCCUUGGCCAAGGCGUCCCAGAACGGAGACCCGGAGAGCAAGGAACACCAGGAGAAGGAGUGGAGGUUCCUACGCAACGCCCGCAUGCGUGCCCACGCGGAGCGGCGCAAGGCUGGCACGUGGUCCGAGACGGGGCGGGUGGAGGAGCAGGUGUUCUACAGCCGGUGUCCGAGCGUGCCUUCCUGCCUCGCCUUCCACCCCUACGAGCCGGAGCUGUGCGUCGCCAACAAGGACUCCUACACGCUCUGGGACGAGCACGGCAGUGCCCAGAGUUGCCACUCCAACGACAACCCGCCCCAGACCCGCAUCACGGCCCUGCGCUACCUGAACGCCCACGACCUCUCGCUCCUCCUCACGGGAUUGGAUGACGGUGCGGUGAGGGUGUGGAGAAACUACUCCUCUUCCCAACGGCAGCUAGUGACAGCCUUCCAGGCCCUGGGAGACGUGCCGUCGACCGCACGAGGUGCUGGGAUGGUGCUGGACUGGGACCAGCAGACGACCACCCUGAUUGCGUCCGGAGACGUCAGGGUCAUCCGCGUCUGGGACACUGGUCAGGAGAAGAAAAUCCUGGACAUGCCGACGGGGGCGGACUACCCGAUCACAAGCCUCUCCACGGACCACCAGGGAUCGCUGCUGGUGGCUGGCUGCGGGGACGGAACCAUCCGGGUCUAUGACCGGAGACUGCCGCCGGCGGACUGCCGCAUCAUGACCCUGAGGGAGCACAGCAGCUGGAUCGUGGACGUGCAUCUGAGCGUGCGGGAACGGCGCAUCACGAGCGGCUGUGUGACGGGCGACGUGCGCUUCUGGGACCUGGGUCAGACGUGCUCCACGCGCACCCUGGCCACCAACAUGGACGUCACCGCCAUGGCCGUGCACCCGGCCUUCGACGCCUUCGCUUGCGGCUCUGCCAGCCAGGUGAUCAGCGUCUUCAACAAGGAGGGCGAAAACAUCGGCUCCAUCAGGCACCACGACUGGUUCAUCGGACAGCGGAUCGGCCCGGUCUCCUGCCUGGCCUUUCAUCCGUUCAAGAUGUGCCUGGCCGCCGGCAGCACAGAGUCCAUAGUGAGCGUCUAUGCGGCGGACCGCAAGCACUGACCUCCGGCGUGGCCCCCCCCCCACCGAAGCCAUGGCCGCCUCGCCCCCGCAGUUGCGGUCCCGCCGUUAGCAACCUCGUCCCACCCGUCAAGUCUGGCAAUAUCGAACAACCUAGGCAAAGGGACGAGAGCAGAACGCUCACCGCUGGAGAAACUGAAGCCGACUCGGCGGUGGAAGCCGAUCCGGGGAUAAGAGCCAAUCCAAUGGUGGGAGCCAAUCUGCCGAUGGGUGCCAAUCAGAUGAUGGGUAGCGAUCCAAUGACAGGAGCCGAUCUGAUGAUUGGGGCCAAUCCAACGAUGGGAGCCAAUCAAAGGAUGGGCACCAACCGAUGCAGACGACAGGUCAUCAAGUGCCACCCGUCGGCGACGGAGGCAAGCCUUUGAGGAAACGAGCUUCCUCGGAUGGCCACUAGCCAUUAGGGACGUGCCGGCCACUUCGGAGCAUAGUUUUUUUUGCCCCCAUGCUUUCGAGCAAACCUCUGGUGGGAACCUUCCUAUGCCGCCCGUGUAGAUAGGCGGGGCAACUAGGGCGUGUACAUUGUGUUUGCAAGGGACUGCACCCAAGUGCUUUAAUCAUCCGUUGUUUCACUGCCGCAGAUGGCCGCGGGUGCCAUUGGCGCAGGUAGCUUUGCUGUGGACGAUGUCUCACAUAAAAGGCACAUUGUUUUGUUUGGA